CUUUCCACCUACGGAUCCAUAUAAAUAGCAUUUCUUGUCUACCGUAAGUUUGUGUAUCCUUGAAGCUUUCCUUCCUUGAUUAACAUUCAUUUAGACUUAUUGCUAACUACCCACAAAAAGAUGGAUGCUGUUGUGAACUUCAAUGGAGCCAAAUAUGAUUGCCUGCUUUUUGAUUUAGAUGAUACUUUGUACCCAUUGAGCUCGGGGAUCAAUUUUGCUUGCAGAAAGAACAUAGAAGAUUACAUGUUGAAAUACUUGCAUAUGGAGGAAAGUGAGGUCCCAAGGAUGUGUCUAGAGUUAUACCGAGAAUAUGGCACCACUAUGGCAGGUCUCAAGGCACUUGGAUAUGAAUUCGACAAUGAUGAAUUUCAUGAGUAUGUUCAUGGAAAUUUGCCUUAUGAAACACUCAGACCUGAUCCUGUGUUGAGAAACCUUCUGCUGUCAACUCCUCAACGUAAAAUCGUAUUCACUAACUCUGAUAAGGCACACACAGCUCGUGUGCUCAAUAAGCUCGGAUUAGGAGACUGUUUCGAGGGCGUAAUAUGCUUCGAAACCCUCAAUCACAAAGACAAUGAACCCGUCUCCAAGUCGAAUAUUUUGUGUAAACCAUCAGUUGAAGCUAUUGAAGCUGCUAUUAGCAUUGCGAACUUAGAUCCUACAAGAACAAUAUUCUUUGAUGACAGUGUUAGAAAUAUUGCAAGUGGAAAAGCAGCUGGACUUCACACCGUUAUUGUUGGAAAGUCAGAACUGAUUCCAGGGGCAGAUUAUGCAUUAAGGAGUAUCCACAACAUGAAAGAAGCACUUCCUGAAAUCUGGGAAGAUGAGGCAAAAGAGCACCAUGAUCAAGUCCUUCAGUCUAAUGCUGUAGAAACUAUGGUUAGAGCAUAAUAACCAACUCUACCAUCCCCAAUGUAAAAGCCUUGUAUUUCUGUAAAAGGCUUUAGCAGGGUAGACCAUAUGCAGGGUAAUAUUUAUGAGCCCUUCGAAAAUCGAAUGUAAUCAGUAAUAUCAUGAUUUAGUACUUGCAGAUAUGCAAUACAUCAGUAUCCUGUAAUUGCUUACAGCAAUUUGCUAAGAAUAAAGUGUCAAGGUAUACAUAUAUGAUAUAUACUUCAUAUGCAGCAUGGCUGUGAUUUCUAGUUGAA